AUGGUUGCAUCCUUACAAUUCGUUGCUCGGCGCUCAGCCGCUGCCAUCACCUCCACUGCCACCAGAGCCUCUGCCCGCCAGACUCUCUCAGCCACCUCGCUCCAGCGCGAAGCUCUCUCCGUCGCCAGCCGAGGACUCAGCUCGGUUACCCAGAGACGCAGCUCUCUCGCGCCAACAUGGUCGAAAAAUACCCAGAGUACGCUCAGACUCCGCAAGGAAGUUCGGUGGAACAGCGGCGAGUCUGGCCCCGUGCUGCGACAAUGGGGCUUUGAAGACAUAAACGCAUCCCUCCCCGCCUCAACUCCCUCCCCAUCACACACCCCCGUAAUCCUAAUCGACGUCCGCGAACCCGCCGAGCUCACUGGCACCGGCAUAAUCCCCAACGCAAUCAACAUCCCGCUCGCCUCGCAGCCCGACGCACUCUACCUAACACCUGACGAGUUUGAGACAAGAUUCGGGUUCCCGAAGCCGAGUGCGGAUACGGAGCAGCAAAUUGUGUUUUACUGCAAGGCGGGUGUGCGGGCGCGCCGCGGCGCAGUUGGCAGUUCAGGCGGGCGUUUGGGCGUUUAUGAUGGCAGCUGGUUGGAUUGGGAGAGGCAUGGGGGGAAAACUGAGCGGUGGGAUGGAGAUGCGUGA